CUGCUGUAGGGAGACAAGGACGCCCCGGACGCUCCGAAUCCAAGCCGAACUUUUGGACCUUCUCCUUACCAUUAGGCUGGGCCCGCUGCUGGUGCCGCCGCGAGAGAAGAUGGGGAACCGAGUGGGCCGCGAGGACUACGAAUGGGUGUAUACGGACCAGCCGCACGCGGACAGGAGGAAGGAGAUCCUGGCUAAAUAUCCAGAAAUCAAGUCGCUGAUGGGUCCUGACCCCAGGCUGAAAUGGAUUGUGUGCAUGAUGGUGGUGACCCAGUUCUUAGCCUUCUACCUGGUCAAAGACUUGGACUGGAAAUGGGUCCUGUUUUGGACGUACGCGUUCGGCAGCUGCAUCAACCACUCCAUGACCCUCGCCAUCCACGAGAUCUCACACAACACUGCCUUUGGAAACAACAAAUCCACGUGGAACCGCUACUUCGCCAUGUUCGCCAACCUGCCCAUCGGACUGCCCUACUCCGCCUCCUUCAAGCGCUACCACCUGGACCACCACCGCUACUUGGGCGGCGACGGCGUGGACGUAGACAUUCCCACAGACUUUGAGGGCUGGUUCUUCUGCACACGCUUUCGUAAGUUCGUCUGGAUAAUCCUGCAGCCGCUGUUCUAUGCCGUGCGGCCCCUCUGCAUCAACCCCAAACCGCUCAGCCAGCUGGAGCUGAUCAACGUGACGGUCCAGGUGGGCUUUAACUUCCUGCUGUACUGGAUGUGGGGGGCUAAGCCUGUGGUUUACAUGCUGGCCGGCUCAAUGCUGGGGAUGGGCCUGCACCCCAUCUCUGGCCACUUCAUCGCUGAGCACUACAUGUUCCUCAAGGGCCACGAGACCUACUCGUACUACGGCUGCCUCAACCUCCUCACCUUCAACGUGGGCUACCACAACGAGCACCAUGACUUCCCCAGCAUCCCUGGGAGACGGCUUCCUCUGGUGAAGAAAAUCGCCUCAGAAUACUACGAUGACUUGCCUCAGUACUCGUCGUGGGUGAGGGUGCUGUACGACUUCAUCAUGGACGACAAGCUGAGCCCGUACUCUCGGAUCAAGAGGAAGUUAAAGGGAGACGUCAAGCAGGAGUAACAGAGAGCUUCUCCAAACCAGAGCUAUAGAAUCCAUAUGACUGAGGCCUUCUCACAUUUCUGACUUUCUAACUCUUUCUGCAUCAAGUUCAGCUCAUGGGGGGGGGUAACGUUUGUUACUGAGAUUUUUACCUUCAGGGUUUGGAAUGUGACCAAAUCUUUCUUCCCUUUCAGGCCAGCUUGGUUGGUAAUGGGGGUUAUGUCUUAGCUUAGCAGUAAACAUCCCAGCUACCUUGUACUGGUUUUUAACUAUCAGAUGAGCAAAAUAAAAUCAGAAUCCUUUCUCUCUCACUGCCA